AUGAGUUCCGAAAGCCUCCUCGAGCAGCUAUGCGCGCCUUGCGCUGAGAUUAACCUGAGAUUCCAGGAUAAGCCGGAGUGGCAGGACGGCCCUAUCCGCGAGUACUCGAACCCGGAGGAACUCGGCGAUGCGGCGGCACGGGCAUGCCCGAUGUGUAUCGCCAUCGCGAUGUCCCAUGAUGCGACGCAUGACUUUUACCGCGUCGGCGCCUAUGACUCGCAUAGUGCAAUCAAAGUGUUCCACGCGCUCCAAAAAGACGAAUUAGAGAGUAAUAUCUUUUGGGAAUGCCAGUCGCGUGUGGCCGGAAAAGCCGAUCAGAAUAAGCCCGGAAAGUCGUCCUCCAUCUCGAGUUCUCUAGGUGGUUUCUUUGCUUCAGAGGAGCCUGAUAGCGCCAAACUACCGACCCGCGUGAUUGACGUAUGCCUUGACGGCUCUGGUCCCCCGUUUCUCCAUAUUUCCCUUGACGAAGAGGAUGAGCCUGAUGCAAGAUACGUCGCGUUAAGUUAUUGUUGGGGUGGACCGCAGGCCGACUGUCUCACAAAUGAAAAUAUUGACGACAAAUGCAAAGACAUCAGGCUUCAAAAUCUCGGCAAGACCAUCCAAGACGCCAUCGAGAUAACCCGUAAACUCGGGAUUCGCUUUAUCUGGGUCGACUCGCAGUGCAUCAUCCAAGACUCUAGAACUGACUGGCAAAUCGAGUCAUCCAGAAUGGGAUCCAUUUACCACAACGCAGAAAUCACCCUUCAAGCCAGCCGCGCCCCCAACAGCAACGCCGGGUGCCUCUUGCCCCGGAAGCUGCCGACCUCUCCCCGGUCCCACUUCGAUUCACAAGCCUCGCCGGAUCCGCUGGACGACAGAGGCUGGACUCUUCAGGAAGGGCUCUUGGCACGGCGUAUCAUUUCCUUGAAGUCAAGACAUAUAACUUGGGAGUGCGGUCUCGCCUUCAAAAGCGAAAGCGGCGCUCCGCUCCACAGCCAGGGCAGCUUCCUCGGGCUCCCCAAACCCAUCCUCACAAGAAGGAAGAACGACCAAGUAGCAGAGGCCCUAUCGAACCAGCUGGGGGAGAGGCUCCAGCCUGUCUUGACAUGGGAAUUCAUCGUUCGCGAGUUUACCAAUCGACGGCUCUCGUUUCCUACGGACAAACUCCCGGCAAUCGCGGGUAUCGCUCGCCAUCUGGAGAAAACGAGGCCCGGAGAUUCGUACCUCGCGGGAAUGUGGAAGUCUGACAUGCCCUGGAGCCUGUUAUGGGGCCCUGACCAAUCCUCCACCCGACCUGCCGAAUAUCGCGCGCCGUCCUGGUCCUGGGCUUCCCUCGACGGGUCCAUUUCGUGCUUCGGAGACACCAUGGGCUGGUGGGACGAGGAACCACAGGCGCACUGCGUGGUGGAGGAUGCAUCCGUGACGCCAAAGGGCCUAGACGAGUUUGGCGAGGUGUUCGACGGGUAUCUCACGGUACGUGGAGCCCUCAAAGAGGCGUGGUGGAUGGCCUGUCCAGGCCACCACGACAUCAAGGACAAGCUCGUGUAUAUAUUCGAGGAGCCAAAGGUUCCCGAUCCCACUGACCACGUGUUUUCCCGCAAGCUCGGGCUCCUCGCGCUAGACCUGCAGGAGCCGGACAUGCAAUGGAAUACGCCAGUGCCGGUCUGGUGCCUGAGAGUUACGGCAACGGACGCCGUAGCGCUGGUGAAGAAGAAGGAGGGAACGUAUCGACGGGUGGGCAUAUGCUGUGUAGACGAUCACAAGACCUCCUGGUUCGAGGGCACUCAUCCUACCCAGAUAACCGUCGUGUAG